GGAGUCAAGGACAAAAUGAGUGGGCUACUGGGUGCCAGGACUUGCUCAAGCCCAGGAGAGGCCUCAGACCUUAAGUACCCACUGGGCACCAGGCUCAGGGAGCCCCUUACCGAGGCUCGGUUCCAGCAGCUCUUCGGGGAUGAAGAGCAGGUUCAGGAGCUACCGACUGAGCCCGUCGGGCCAAAGCUGUGCAGGAUGUGGAGGAGACCCGCCAGCGCCUGUUCCAGGCCGGGGGCGUGGCGCCUGCUGCAGGCUCGGUUGCCCCCACUGCGCUGGUUGCCCCUCUACCGCUGGCGGGCCUGGCUACUCGGGGAUGCUGUGGCCGGAGUGACCGUGGGCGUUGUACACGUACCCCAGGGUAUGGCUUUUGCCCUCCUGACCUCGGUACCUCCAGUGUUCGGACUCUACACUUCUUUCUUUCCCGUUCUCAUCUACAGCCUGCUGGGUACUGGGAGACACCUGUCUACCGGAACUUUCGCUGUACUCAGUCUCAUGACGGGCUCCGCGGUAGAGCGGCUGGUGCCCGAACCCCUCAGCCGGAACCUGAGUGGAAUCGAGAAGGAGCAGUUGGACGCUCAGCGGGUUGGGGCGGCCGCCGCAGUGGCCUUCGGGAGUGGGGCGCUCAUGCUGGGGAUGUUCGUGCUGCAGCUUGGCGUUUUGUCCACCUUUUUGUCGGAACCUGUGGUCAAGGCGCUGACCAGCGGGGCCGCGCUGCACGUGCUUGUAUCCCAGCUUCCAAGCCUUUUGGGGUUGUCUCUUCCGCGCCAGAUCGGCUGCUUCUCUCUCUUCAAGACGCUGGCAGCUGUGCUCACAUCGCUGCCCCGGAGCAGUCCAGCCGAACUGACCAUAUCGGCUCUCAGCCUGGCGCUGCUUGUGCCGGUCAAGGAAUUGAACGUGAGAUUCCGAGACAGGCUACCUACCCCGAUUCCAGGGGAAAUCGUCAUGGUGCUUUUGGCCUCCGUGCUCUGCUUCACCUCUUCCCUGGACACAAAAUACAACGUUCAGAUAGUGGGGCUGUUGCCUGAAGGAUUUCCCCAACCCCUCCUCCCCAGUCUGGCUGAGCUGCCCAGGAUUCUGGCUGACUCGCUGCCCAUCGCACUGGUUACCUUUGCUGUGUCGGCCUCCCUGGCCUCCAUGUAUGCAGACAAGUAUAGCUACACUAUUGACCCCAACCAGGAGCUCUUGGCCCAUGGCGUCUCCAACCUCAUCUCCUCCUUCUUCUCUUGCUUUCCCAACUCUGCUUCACUGGCCACAACGAGCCUACUAGUGGACGCUGGUGGGAAUACACAGUUGGCAGGCCUCUUCUCCUGUAUAGUUGUCCUUUUGGUGCUGCUGUGGCUGGGACCCUUCUUCUACUAUCUGCCAAAGGCUGUCCUGGCUUGCAUCAACAUCUCCAGUAUGCGCCAGAUGUUCUUCCAGAUGCAGGAACUUCCACAGCUAUGGCACAUCAGUCGCAUGGACUUUGCUGUGUGGAUAGUCACAUGGGUAGCUGUAGUGACACUGAAUGUGGACCUGGGUCUGGCCGUGGGUGUGAUCUUCUCCAUGAUGACAGUGGUCUGCCGCACGCAAAGGGUCCAGUGCCUAGCACUUGGAUUGGCUGAGGGAACAGAACUCUACCGGCCACUCAGAGAGAGCCAUAGGCUCCUCCAGGUCCCAGGUCUCUGUAUCUUGAGAUAUCCAACACCACUCUACUUUGGGACUCGUGGGAACUUUCGCCGCAUCUUGGAGUGGCAUCUGGGGCUUGGAGAAGGAGGCAAGCCUGUCAGAGUUGUGGUCCUAGACUUCAGUGGUGUCACCUUUGCAGAUGCUGCUGGGGCCAGGGAAGUGGCACAGCUAGCUAGCCGAUGCAGGGAUGUAGGGAUCCACCUUCUCCUAGCUCAAUGUAAUGCCUCUGUGCUGGAGACACUGGCCCGGGCAGGAGUCUUGGACAGAGUGACCCCACAACAGCUGUUUGUGAGUGUCCAGGAUGCAGCUGCUCAUGCCUUGGAGAAACUGGAACUCACUGGCUCAACGAUUUGCACAGUAUGGAUAUGACCAUGUCACUUGGAGUAUGAAGGUCUCCAAUGAUGUGUGUCUAUGUGUGUGUUUGAAGAAGGCCAUGAUCCUUCAGCUCCCUUACCUAAUGUAAUGAAUAAAAUGAAGCUGAA